UAGGCCCCUCACUGUUUUGUGUGCUGUUCAGUUCUGUGAGGGGGAGCACAGAACCCCCUCCUAUGCCCCUUUCCUUGUCCUUGUCCUCGGUCGAAGUGACCCCAGGUUAGGCACACACCACCCAGAAGCGUAACACCGCUUCUCGGCUCCUUUUACUUUCGGUUCGUUGGCGAAUUCCCAUAAGGGACUGAUCAUCCCAGAUUUCGGAACUAAGUUAUCUUCCCUCACUUGAGAGAAGUGAUACUCAGAGACACCGUGUAGGCAUUCGGCCUUGACCUAAUGAAUCAAGGAAGUCCCCCACUAAGCACAGGACAUACUUAUGAUCUGACACACCGCUGUCUGUUCAUCUAACGUAGGGAACACCUGCAGAAUGCCAUCAGCUGCUGAGGUGCUAAACAUUGGUUUUGUUAUGGUAGCAGUGCUGUGGGUAUCUUUCCUUUGGCUAGAGUUGGCGUGGCAUGCCGCUCUUAAGCACUCAAACAUGGGAUACAUACCACCUGUCAGAAGACCACACAGAUUACCAAACAUAAUGAAUCUGUGAGUGAAAAGAGCCUGUCACUCCAGGCCACUGCCUCACAGGCAACAGUUGAUGACUUAGGGAGAGAGAGCUCUGACAGUGAAAAUGAUAUGACAGCAGACAAUGCAGCAAUGCCUGGUCAGCCACCCCCCAAAUACCCGUGGUUGAACUUAGACGACCUCGAGGUAAUAACCCAUGCGAGGUCAUCCCAUCCACACCAAGUGAGGAUCCCCACAUUUGUGGCCGUCUCCAGGCACCACAGGCUCUCAGGGCAGCUGCUAGACCCCAUCCCACCCGCAUGUUUGCCGUUAAUGUAGGAGUGGACGCAAAAUUCAGGUCCUGGAUUCCAACACUCGUAAAAAGGCUUCUGCUAACCAAGGGCCAACGAUAUGCUUGUGUCUUUCCAGAGGAUGCGGGACAGCCCAUUUGGGUAGCAGCCAGAAACAUCAAGCCUGCAACAGCCAACCAGAACCAGCUGAACAAGACUGAGAGUCCACCUUGUUAGCAGACGCACCUGCCCUAUCAUCCUGCCCUGAGGAUGUGGCCCACAGCCACAUCCGUUACUGUUUAUACCCCACUAGCUCUGUCAGCCAAUCGAACAGCCUGUGUGCGGUCACGCCAUUCCUGAUUACCGUUGUUCUUCAUUCCUACCCCCAUCUGAGCAAGCACUCCUGUGGUCUCCCAUUUUGAGGGCUGGUUAGUCAACGACAGGUAAGAUCCCCUGGCGGACAACCACAUGAGGAGACCACAUGGAAACAGAGUCAACAGUGGUAUGGCCAAGGAUCAUGCCUCCCAUUGCUCAAAAAUAAACAAAAAGGGGGAAAUGUGGAGGAAUGAGAAGGCCAUGCCAAGAUGGCCGCUGGCAAGCGAGUGUCAGUUAUUCAGGGAUGGCUUUGGAACCCACCUGGCAAAAGAGCCUGCCUGGCAACAGGCAGUGAUUGGUUAGGGCAUAAACCGCCCCUUGACCGUAUUGGCUGCCUCAGCUAUAUAAGCUGCGGUACCAGCUGAAAUAAACAAGUAGUGGACUGCUCGCCUCUAGCUCCCUUUCACUCAACUCCCGGUGUCUGUGUGGUGAAUCAGCACCUAUUGCCCCCACCGUGCUUCUUCUCAGAACGCAUUGACAGCAGCACCACGCCAGGGGUACGCCCAUGAGGAGGACAGGAGGGGCAAGGACCUCUGUGGCUGCCUGAGAACCUGACCACACUGGCCACUGCGUGCAACCUGAAAAAACAUGGACAACACAGCAGUUGGCUCCCUUAUUAAAGAAACGGUCUGCACCUGGGAGCACAGAGGGUGUUCUUAGAGCAUCCUGCCUGGUCCCUAGUGCCUUGGGAACCAGGGGCAGCAGCUGUGACCAGAGGAGCCAGUGAUCAACAGGACAGCCAUGGGGCUCCUGAUGGGAGACAUCUUGGUGUCCCUGACCAUGGCCGUGGCCAUCUUCCUGCUUCUGGUGGACCUGAUGCACCUGCACCAGCGCUGGGCCGCACGCUACCCACCAGGCCCCAUGGCACUGCCAGGCCUGGGCAACCUGCUGCAGGUGGACUUCCAGGACCCUCGGAGGAGUUUCCACCAGCUGCGGUGCCGCUACGGGGACGUGUUCAGCCUGCAGCUGGCCUGGACGCCGGCGGUCGUGCUCAACGGGCUGGCAGCCGUGCGCAAGGCGCUGGUGACCUGCAGCGAGGACACUGUGGACCGCCCGCCCAUGCCCAUUUUCAGCCACCGGGGCUUCACGCCACGCUCCCAAGGAGUGGUCUUUGCCCGCUACGGCCCUGCGUGGCGCGAGCAGCGCCGCUUCUCCGUGUCCACGCUGCGCAACUUCGGCCUGGGCAAGAAGUCGCUGGAGCAGUGGGUGACUGGGGAGGCCGCCUGCCUCUGCGCUGCCUUCGCCGACCACGCUGGACGCCCCUUUAGCCCCAACGCGCUGCUGAACAAAGCCGUGGGCAACGUGAUCGCCUCGCUCACCUUUGGUCGCCGCUUCGAGUACGAUGACCCGCACUUCGUCAGGCUGCUGGACCUGACCAAGACCUUGCUCGAGAAGAAAAAGGUCUUCCUGCCCUCGAUGCGGGCUCAGACACUGAGGGUGCUGAACGUGGUCCCCGUGCUCCUGCGCAUCCCGGGCUUGGUGGACAAGGUCUUCUCUGAGAACAAGGAAUUUUGGGGCCUGGUGGAUGAGCUAGUGACCGAGCACAGGAUAACACGGGACCCCACCCAGCCACCCCGAGACAUGACGGACACCUACCUGGCCGAGGUGGAGAAGGCCAAGGGGAACCCUGACAGCAGCUUCAGUGAUGAGAACCUCUACUCGGUGAUUGGUGAACUGUUUAUCGCGGGGACGGUGUCCACGUCGGCCACACUGGUCUGGGCACUCCUGCUCAUGAUCCUGCACCCGGAAGUGCAGCGCCGUGUCCAACAGGAGAUAGAUGAGGUCAUAGGCCCGGCGCAGCAACCAGAGAUGGGGGACCAGGCACGCAUGCCCUACACCACUGCCGUGCUUCACGAGGUGCAGCGCUUCGCAGACAUCGGCCCACUGGGCACAUCACACAUGACAUCACGGGACACUAAAGUGCAGGGCUUCCUCAUCCCCAAGGGCACAGUGCUGUUCACCAACCUGUCAUCGGUGCUGAAGGACGAGGCCGUCUGGGAGAAGCCCUUCCGCUUCCACCCGGGACACUUCCUGGACGCCCAGGGCCGCUUCGUGAAGCAAGAGGCCUUCAUGCCUUUCUCCGCAGGCCGCCGCGCGUGCCUUGGGGAGCCCCUGGCCCGCAUGGAGCUCUUCCUCUUCUUCACCUGCCUGCUGCAGCGCUUCAGCUUCUCGGUGCCCGCGGGACAGCCCCGGCCCAGCGACCAAGGGGCCCCUGCUUCACUGGUGACCCCGGCCCCCUACCAGCUGUGUGCUGUGGCCCGCUAGUGGGGGUUCUGAGUCCCCAGCCCACCCCCAGCAGGGCCCUGAUGCACAAUAAAGCAGUCUCCUGGCUCCCCUGUGGUUUCUGAGUC